AAGAGCGUACGCGGACGAAUGCGGCGGGCGUACCGCAGACAAAAAAAGUACACCGACGAACGGGAAGUCGGGGUCGAUCGAGAGGUGUUGUGUGUUUUUGUGCGCCAGCCUUUGUUGUUGGUGUUAUUUUCCGUGUUUGAUAUUACUGUUUCCGUUGCCGUUUCGCGGGCCCAACGCAAACGUCAUCAUAUUUUCUUCUUCGUCGUAGAUUUCUCGUUCCGGUCCGAUCGGUCGGGCACGCUGCGUUUCGGUCUGUUCGCGCACCACAACCACCAGCCGAUGCGUUUGUCGGCCGCCCGACGGCUCCCAAGACCAGCGCGCCAUUAGCUGACGGAGCAGAGCGGCGGAGACGUUACGAGGCCUGUGCACCCAACAGCCGUUGUUAUCAUGGGCGCCGGAUCGAGUCACGGCGAACUGGCCGACAACGACUGUCUGCUGCGGUUGGCCGGUGAGCUGGAGAUCACAAUAGACGACCCGUUCUGGGACACGUUCCUCACGUUCUCGUUGAACCCGCCGACCUGUAGUCAAGACGACAAGAUGUUGACCGAUCGCCUGAAGAGCAUCUGCGAAUCGUUGAUUGUCAACAACAGAAACACAUCCAAUUUCAAGACGUUGAUCAGACUGCUGUUGGAUAAAGCCGAUUUACAAAAGCUAGAAGCCGAAGAAAACAAUAUUCUACGGUGGCAAGUAUUCAAUGGACUGUUUAUUGCUCGGUAUUUCCUCAAAUAUCUUGUUCAAAACUCUAAAGAAAUUGAGAUUAUCAAUCAAUUUGAAUUGCAAACCGAUGGAAUUGAAGUAGCAUUAGGUGAUCGAAAAGAGUAUGCUGUUCCAGAAGAUUUAAAUGAAACAACAUCAUUCAAGUUUUUAUCACUUUUAGUUAAAAUUGUUUCUGAAUUAAAAGUAACGGAUUCUACUUAUUCUAUUCACAUAGAGAGUUUAAAUUGUAUUAUAGUUGUUUUGUCGAUUCAAAUGUAUACCAUUCAACCGUCUAGUAGCCUCAUCAUAUACAGAAUAUUCAUGGAAAAUAUUGAUGCUGCAAAAUUGUCAAAAGCAUUGCUACAAAGGUAUACAGAGCAAAUUAAGCCACCCGUGUUGUCAGGAGGUGGCAUUUUCUAUGGAUUAGCUUCAAAUUUAUGGAACAUACUGACACUGAGUACUAAUGUUCCUGUCCAAACGAAUCAGAGUCCAUUAAGUUCAUUGUCAAUUAGUGUAUUGUUAAUAUUAAUUAAUCACUGCACAUCACCACCGCCUCCAAAAGGAAAUCCAUAUCGUACCUGUAUUGCUUCGCUAUCUGAUAAUCUUGUUGUUAUAUACCAAUUUCUUGGUGAUAAUCCAGAUGCUCCAUUAAGCGAAGAAAAGACUUUAUUACUGUACCAUUUGAUACACUGUAACCCUAGUUUUAAAUCAUUUCUUUUGGCUCGUACUGAUAUUGAAGUUGUGUUGAUUCCACUUUUGAGAACAAUUUACAAUACACAGAGCAGUCGAUUUCAACAUAUGUAUAUGGCCCUUAUUGUACUGCUGAUACUGACAGAAGAUCAACUUUUCAACAAAACCGUCCAUAGUAUUAUAUUGAAAGGUGCUAUUUGGUAUCAAGAAAGAGUGGUGUCUGAAAUAUCUCUAGGAGGUCUUAUUAUUUUGGUCACUACGAGAACAGCACAAUAUAAUUUGCUAAAAAUGAGAGAUAAAUACUUACACAUUAAUUGUUUUGCGGCAUUAGCAAACAUGUCAUCACAAUUCAAUCAGUUGCAUCCAUAUGUUUGUCAAAGAAUGUUAAGUUUAUAUGAGGUGCUAUCAAAAACUUUUUUGAGAUGUCCAAACCAAGAUAUGAGUGCCAUUGAUGAAGCAUUGCGUAUAGUAUUAGAAGUGAUAAAUUCAUGUCUAUCAAAUCAACUGAUACACAACCCUAAUUUAGUGUAUGCUCUUCUCUACCAACGCAAGGUGUUUGAACCACUGAAGAGCCAUGAAGCAUUCCAUGACGUUAUCCAGAACAUAGAUAUGGUCAUAACAUUCUUUUCAGCAAAACUCGAACGUGAAGAAGAAUUAUUAAAUUCAUCUGAUGUAAAUACAAUGUUGUCCCGAGUGCAACAUUGGUCCCUUCAAUGGCCCAGGGACCUUAUGAAGAAAUUCCCAGAUCUUAAAUUCAAAUACGUGGAGGAAGAGAAACCCGAGGAAUUUUUCGGACCAUAUGUUUGGUCAUUAGUGAACAUAUUGUCUGGUAUUAACUUUGAAUCAACUCUCUAUAAAUUGAAUUAAUUGACAAUAUAAAUCUUAAUUUUUAAUUAUUAUUAAUUUUGUUUAUCAAUCGAUACUUAUAUAUAUUUUUUUUUUUUUUGUUAACAUAUUAUUGUGUGAUAAGAGUUUGUAUGUAACAUGUAUAGGUAAAUAAAUACUAAAAUGCUUUACUUAAACCACAGCUUUAGAUAAAAUAUAAAAAUAUUGUCUAUAGCCGUGGUUUAAAUCAUUGUUAUACUACCUGGAAU